AGAGGUUUGCUGUGCUGGCUGCAGGAUCAGUCAGUGGAAAGUAACUGAUGGGAAGUAUCAGAGGGUGCAGCUCCUCUCUGACAAUGGAAACUUUCUGAGUGUUUCCCUCCUGCCAAGCCCCACAAAAAGGAAGCUUGUUUCAGCUGAGUUCAACCCCAGACAGGCUUCACAACUUCCUUCCUGCUGCCUCUCUGCACACUGCAGCCAGCACUGGUGCUGAGGGAGGCUGCCAGGCUGUGUGUAGGGGAUCUGGGGAGACAGAGUCUCAGGCUGUGUAUGGGGGAUCUGGGGAGAUAAAGGACCAGGCUGUGGAUGGGGGAUCUGGGGAGAUAGAGGACCAGGCUGUGAAUGGGGGAUCUGGGGAGAUAGAGGACCAGGCUGUGAAUGGGGGAUCUGGGGAGACAGAGUCUCAGGCUGUGUAUGGGGGAUCUGGGGAGAUAAAGGACCAGACUGUGGAUGGGGGUUCUGGGGAGAGAGAGGAGGGAGGUAGUCAGGCUGGGGAGAUGAUAGAGAACAAGGCUGGAGAAUUCAUAUUUAUCAUCCAAGGGUUCAGCUCCUGGACAACAGACACUGGUUACUUCUGGGGACUGAGUGAGUGUGCUCAGCUGCUUUGUUUAUGGAGGUUUGGACUGGGGCCCAGCACAGAACUUCUCAGUUCAUCUAUUCAGGAGAUGUUGCUGUCCUGGAAGGGACGGAGCCAUUUGGAUCCCUGUUUCUGAGUCCCAGGUGCACAGGGCACACUGUGUCUGCUGCUCCCCUCUGUACAGUACUAUGGCUGUAUAUUGCUAUGCCUUGAAUAGCCUGGUGAUGAUGAAUAAUAGUAAUGUGAAGUCUGGCAGCGUGACAAAGACUAGCCCUAGCUGCCAGAGACCUGUCUUGCCAGUUCCAGACAGGAAAAGCACCUACUUUCCAUUGUUGGGGAGUGCGAUACUGCCACCUUAUAGCCCAGGACCAUCAAGUCCUUCGAGCUCUCCCAAGACCAAAAACACAUCUUUCAUUUUCCCUGGAGAUGCAAAAGAACGAUCCACUGCAAGAAGCCGUAGCCCAAGUUGGAAUGGCAGGGAUGGACAGACACCGAAAGCUGGAAGGUGCCCUUCCCCACUUCGGUUACCGGGCUAUAAUGUGGGAGAAGCAGGUUCACGCUCGGGAAUCUUAUCAGGGUUUGGACAGGGGAAUGGUUCAGGGACAUGGCAGUUAGAAUCAGAAGAAAAAAGACGUUUAGCUCGGAUACAACGUGAGCUUCAGAAUGUACAGGUGAACCAGGUUGUGGGACUUUUUGAAGCUCACAUUCAAGCCCAAAAUAGCCCACUUUCCCCAGGACUCCGAAGUCCUAGAUUUGGAAGUCGAUCCCCAUCACCAUUACGGCGAACGUGGGGAGAAGAAAACAUUUUUUCCUUUGUCCACAAUUCAGGCCGCAAAGUGUCUUGUUCUAGUCAGGAUGGACUUUCAGUGGUUCCUACAUCUCAAUCCUUGGUCCCCAGUGUAGAGAAGGAUGUAUCAGUAGCUAUAAACUCUGUGUCUACUGGGCAGCAAUGCAGCACUUCUCCACAGGAGGAAUCAACUAAGACUAACUCACUUACCAUAGGAACACCAGGACCUAUUCCCGCUGUCAUCAUUACGGACCACGGGGAGGAUUGGGAAGGGCAGGUGGAGAGUAAUAGUUUGAGUAUCAAUCCAACAUCUCUUCCAAGGAAGCUGUCAUCCUCCUCAGCUUCCUCUACUGGUUUUUCAUCCUCCUGGGAUGAGUCUGAGGAUGAUGUGUCGAGUGAUCCUGAACGCUCACUAGAAAAGAGCCCUCCUUUCCUUCAGACUAUUGAACAACCAAAGCCUCGGGUGAGCAAGUCAUGGAGGAAAAUCAAGAAUAUGGUGCACUGGUCGCCGUUUGUCAUGUCUUUCAAGAAAAAGUACCCCUGGAUCCAGCUGGCAGGACACGCAGGAAGUUUCAAGCCUGCAGCCAAUGGGAAGAUCCUGAAGAAGCACUGUGACUGUGAGCAGCGCUGUCUGAGUCUGCUGAUGGAAGAUGUGCUCAGGCCUUACGUUCCAGCCUAUCACGGGGACGUCCUGAAAGAUGGGGAGAAGUACAACCAAAUGGACGACCUGCUCUCUGAAUUCGAUAGUCCUUGUGUCAUGGACUGCAAAAUGGGGGUUCGGACCUAUUUAGAAGAAGAGCUCACAAAGGCCAGAAAGAAGCCCAGCCUUAGAAAGGACAUGUACCUUAAGAUGAUUGAUGUCGACCCGGAGGCCCCAACAGAGGAAGAGAACCAGCAGCGAGCCGUGACCAAACCACGCUACAUGACAUGGCGGGAGACAAUCAGUUCCACGGCUACUCUGGGCUUCAGAAUCGAGGGCAUUAAGAAAGAAGAUGGAACGGUCAACAGAGACUUUAAAAAGACCAAAACUCGUGAACAAGUGAUAGAAGCAUUCAAAGAGUUUACCAAGGGGAAUGUUAACAUACUGAAGUCUUACCUUAGCCGCCUGGAAGAUGUACGUAUCACGUUGGACAAAUCCCCGUUCUUUAAGAGCCACGAGGUAAUUGGGAGUUCACUGCUUUUUAUCCAUGAUAAGAAAGAGCAGGCCAAGGUUUGGAUGAUUGACUUUGGCAAAACAACCCCACUGCCGGAGGGUGAUGUCCUAGACCACAGAAUAUCCUGGGUUGAAGGAAACCGAGAAGAUGGCUAUCUCUUUGGACUCGAUAACUUGAUAGACAUCCUUUCUGAGAUGGCCGAGGAAAACGAUGUACAUUAAAAGCCAUGCGCGCUCUCCUGUGUUACGGAGUCCAGACUGACACUCCAGUGAAUGCACUACAAAACUCAUCCCAGAUUACCAUCGUUACCCUGUUGGAAGGACUGGAUUUGUAGCAAUACGUUGCAAAAUCAAAGAAAUAUCCCAUACGAUUUCUGCAGUUUUAGAAUUUGUAUAUAGUACGUUUGCCACAACAAACAAAAUGACUUUUACUGAUUUAUCUACCAAUGCAGGUCAUUUGCUUUUGAUGCUUAGCAUCUUGCAGCUUGCCUGAUAACUCAUCGGGUUGUCCAAUUAUCCAAAUGGAUUGUAAGUCCCUUGCCUUAGUCCCGUGCCUUAGGGCAGCUUAGGAAAAGUUUCACUCAAAAAAAAAAAACGCUGGUGCAGUUUAGCUGCGAGUCUCUAAUGCAAUAUUAACUGCCCCGGGCAUGAUAUGUCAUUGAGGAUAUCAUGGAUUAUUGACAGUUACGUUGUUGCCAGUCACUCUGGAUAAAUGUUAGCUUUAUGCAGGUCUGUGCAUGUGCAGACCCUCUCGGUACCCCACUCACAAUUUUUGUUUUAUAACAUUAG